AUGUCCGAAAACCUUGCUAUCGGUUGCCUGGCUAGGGAAGGUUGUAAUAAUAUCGCGGUCGGCCCCCCCAAGUAUCAGUCUGCAGAAGAGCGACAGGCCGCGAAGAUAACACGACAACGAAAUCAGCGACAAGCCGCCCAAGCGGCUAAACGCAACACCUUCUUUGAUGAAUACUACUCGGCCGGUCCAUCUGCAACUGGUGAACGCCCGAUCGCUUCUCUUCCUGGCAUAGCGGCGUCGUCGGUGACCCAUGAACUGGAAGAGUUGCUCCCGCCGUUAAGCCCCAAUCCAGCUCCUCUGGAGCUCGAAGAUAGCUCUAUCCUAAUUGACGAGCCGCCUCUAGAGCUCAACAGUCUCGAACCUGCCGCUAGUCCUACCCCUAACCUUCCCGAACAGUCCCGACCAACGCACAGUGAGCCCCUCGAGGGUGAUCUAUCAAAUUUAGAAACCGGAAGCCCUGCCCCAGCGGCUGCCGAGGAUCGCGAGGAUAUUUGCACGCUGGCACGCGCGCUGGCCGACCAGCUGUAUCAGCAUCACGGCUGUUGUCGGGAGUGCCAUGAGCAGGCCCGUGUGGCGCACCACGAGACGCAUUCGGUUCAUACCGGGCUGGGGGAGUAUGUGGACCAGAUUAACAUUGAUGGCGACUUCCCAGAUGUGUUGGGCUCGGCUACGAUCGCGGCCCGCGAGUCCAAUCUCGCCCAGCAAGUCACCAAGGCACGAAAACAACAGAUCUACUGCGGCAUCGAUCCUCACAAGCCCGAUGAAUCCCCAACGCAUCUCUGCGUGGCAGCCGACCAUCGUCCCGAUCCUUCCUUGGGCGUGACUGUUGAUAUCGAUAGCGUGGGUAGGUUUGUCAGUAGUCUGGCGGUAGCUCGUCGGGGGAUCCGAUGGCAUCCUACGCAGAUGGCGGUGUCCGACCUCCAGUCCAGCCUGCAUCUAGAUCCGGUUUCAGUCCAGUAUUUCGACUCAACCGGGCAGGCCCACCAUGUUCGCCGGCCGGUCCAUCAAGUGCCGCACUAUACCUUUGGUCGUCUAAUUAGAUUCGAAGAUAUCUCUCUGUAUCUACUCUUUCCCCGACUGUACCGGGAAGAUCAGCAAUCCAGCCGUCUGCUAGACCAGGAUUUCACAGCAAUGGACGGACGAAAUCCUCCUCCCAAUCAUCAAUCGGUGUUAUUCCGGGCGACCUGA